AUGAAUGAAGAGUCUGGUCGUUUUGAUCUUCAAACCUUGUCCCAAAGCACAAGUCAAUCAUAUAAUGCUUUCAUUCGACGACAACAAAAUCGAAGGCAGGCGGAUAGGAGAUAUCGAAAUGAAAUUGUAAGUAUUGAUUGUCGUAAAAGAAUAAAUGAUCGUAUGUUAUCUACAAAUAAUACUUCUGAAGUUGAUUGUGUGCAUGAAUAUAUAAUACAUUCUGAGGCAUCUACUUUGAAUGAAGAAAUGAUAAAUAUUUUUUAUUCUGAAUUACAUGGAAGCUCUAAUUUGUUAAGUGUACCAGCAACUGCAUAUGUAUUACCAACUUGUGAUUAUUGUAAGCAUUGUGGUGCACGCAAAUUGUAUAGAAAGACUAAAGGUUUUUGUUGUUCUGAUGGAAAUGUGAAACUUUUUAUGCCCGAUUCACCGGAUGAAUUGUAUACUUUAUUUACGUCUAAAGAGCCUGUAUCCAUGGAAUUUAAAAAAUAUGCACUUUCAUAUUAUAAUCACUUUGCAUUCACUUCAUUUGGUGUAAAGUAUGAUAAAAAACUGUUUAAAGCAUACAAAGGUAUCUACACAUUUAGAAUUCAGGGACAAGUAUAUCAUUAUGUAAAUCAACUUAUACCGGAUAAUAAUACGCCUUGUUAUAUGCAAUUAUAUUUUUAUGAUAUAGCUAAUGAACUAGAAAAUCAUAUGAAAACUUCAGAACACCUGGUGGAAUCUAUUUUAUUUCUUCUAAUCGAAAUCUUGAAGCAUAAAAUUCAAAUAAGAUGCCAUCCAGGACUCGAUCAGAGAGUCUUUGAUACUCCGUUGGCAUCUCAAGUAGCUGCUAUAUGGGUUCAGGAUGAUGAAAAUACAAAUAUUCGCGUUCGUGAUAUUACUAUAUAUGGUCAUUCUAGUGAUUUGCAUAGGGUUCAUUAUUAUUAUGGUUGUUACGAUACUCUACAAUAUUCUUUGCUCUUUCCAUUUGGUGAAUGUGGUUGGCAUAAAGGCAUUCUAAGAUACGAACAAACGUCUUCUCAAAUUGCACAGUUUGUGGACAAUGUUGCUGAUCCAAAUGUAAUAAAUUCUACGACUCAAAUUAUUGAAAAAAAGGCUGCAGUGUUGAAGGAUACAAAGAAGAAAUUGUCUCAGGUAUCAUGUCGUGAGUACUAUUCGUAUAAGUUACAAAUUAGGCCUUCUGAUAAGUCUGUGUUGCUUCAUUUUGGUAGACUUUUUCAACAAUAUGUUGUGGAUAUGUAUGUUAAAAUAGAGACAUCCAGAUUAGAUUAUUUUCAUAGUAAUCAGAAACAAAUUCGUGCUGAACUUUAUCAAGGUAUCAUAGACAGUAUACAUAAUGGAGAAACAAAAGGGUACAAAAUUGGAAAGAAAUUUGUUUUACCACAAUCCUUUACAUGUGGACCUAAAGAUAUGCUAAGGAGAUACUUAGAUGCUAUAACUCUUGUCCAACGUUAUGAAAAAUCAUAUUUAUUUAUAACUAUAACAUGUAAUCCAAAUUGGCCAGAAAUUAAGCAAGAAUUAAAAUAUAAUGAUGAGGUUGAAAAUCGACCGGAUCUUAUUGUACGUGUAUCUAGAGCAAAAUUAGAAGAACUUAAAAAUGAUUUAUACAAGAGAAAUAUUUUUGGUCCUAUUAUAGCUCAUAUAUACGUGAUUGAAUUUCAAAAAAGAGGUCUCUCUCAUGCACAUCUGUUGUUGAUUUUUAAUUGUGGUCAUAAAAUUUCUUCUACUAAACAAGUUCAUAAAAUAGUAUCUUGUGAAAUUCCUGAUAAAAAUAUACAUCAUUAUCUUCAUUCAGUUAUUGUAAAGCGCAAUAUGCAUGGUCCUUGUGGAAAUCUAAAUCCUAAAAACAUAUACAUGGAGAAAAAUAGUUAUUGUAAAAAUAAAUAUCCAAAAGAUUAUUGUAAUAGUACUAUAUUUGGAGGUAAUUCGUACCCACUGUAUAAGUGGCGUAAUAAUGGCAUUUAUGUUAAAGUGAGAGGUAAAAUGUUAGGCAAUCAAUGGAUUGUGCCAUAUAAUCAUUAUUUAAGUGCAAAAUUUGACUGUCAUAUCAAUGUUGAAGUAUAUUCUUUUAUUAAAGUCGUUAAAUAUUUAUACAAAUAUGUAUACGAAAGACAUGAUCGUAUUAAUUUUUUGGUCGACAAAAAUAACAUAGACAAAGACAUUGAUGAAAUUUCUACUUACCAAUCUACUAGAUGA